UGUUCCAGCCUCUGUUGCCUUUUCGAAUUUUUCUAAAAUCGCCGAAAUGCAGGCAUGCACGUUCAAAGAUCCUCGCGAGUUCAAGGAUUGCUACCUGAAGCAAUGCGAGCGCCGCAAAAUCAGCACACCGACCAAAUUUCUAGCACACCAGACAGACGCUACGAAGCUGGUCAUGCCUGCGGACAGGAUAAAAGUCUCUGACUGGGAAGCUAUCUGCUCCGCUCUGCUCAAAGAGAACCUUCUCAAAACUUUAUCCAUCGUCAGUGCGAAGAAAAAGAAGGACUGGUUAAACUUAGUGGAUCAGAGUGUUACAACGGAAUUUGGAGCGAACUCUGUGAAAGGCCCUGCGAUCUUCACUCGCUACGUUCUGGAAAAAGUAGUCACAUCCGUGGUGAAAGCCCUGCUGCGCAAGGAGAGCAGUUGCGAGAGCCUCCACCUGGAACUGCCCUUGAAUCCAACCUGCUGCCGCCUCUUCAGCCAGGGAAUCGCGGGAGCGUCUAAAUUGCGCAACCUGUCCUUAAGGGGCAGUUGCGUCGGGGAUGAAGGGUUGCGGUUCGUGUGUGACGCCCUAAGGGCAAUGCCCAACCUCAGGGAGCUCGAUUUUUCAGAGUGCAACCUUGGUGUGCCGUCUGUUGAGAGGAUUGUAGAGCUUGUUAAAUGUCACGGGAUGAUUCUCUCCACUAUUGCAUGGGAGAGCAGUUUCAGGUACCGAGCCCCUGAAGUGAGCAGCUCAAUCGGAUUGGUCAGACUGAGUUUGAACAAGAACCCAGGCAUAGGGGAUGAGGGGGCGCGGAAGCUGGCGGAAGCGAUCAAGGACGAUAUAUGUCUCAGGGGGCUCGACCUGCAAGGCUGCCGCAUCAGCAAUGAUGGAGCAACGGCCUUGCUCGGCCUGCUGAUGCACAACAAGAGUCUGCAAGUCAUGGACGUACGCGCCAAUGAAGUCUCCUACUACGUCCUUGACAGCAUUCAGAGAGCCCUGCAGGCCGAGGAAAGAGUGGCUGAGACAAAGAAGGCUCUCUUUAAAAUCGAAUGGCUUCCGCUGACGAUGAGUGCGAGCAAAUAAAAAUAAAGUUCAGUACUGCAA